CGAGCACCGACAUCAAUAACGACGUGCUAUUACAAUAAAAUGUAAUAAUACAUACGACGAUGAAAUAAUUACUUUGAUACAACACCCGUGUAUAGUGCACACGCGUGUAAUACAGCGACAGUAUAUGUGUAUCAUCAUCCGUCGUGUGCACAUCGGUACAUCACUAUACACACGUACCGUCGUAUCACGGCCGCGCGCGCGCACACACACACACACACACACACACACACACACACACACACACACCGACUCUAGCUUGGGCGCGCUUGCCCGUCUAUAUACACGUGACACUGACGCAUUGGCGGCAAUCGCUUUUCAGUCCGUCUUCAGGCAGUGUCGCGUGUCCGUCCGUCAGCCCGUCAGCCCGUCAUCCGUGCCGCCGAAUCCGCACGCGUCCGCCGCAGAGACGAAUCGCGCCGAUCUCUUGUCGUUGGACUACCGUUGCGACCGAACCCGUAAGCAUUGGCGUCGUCCCGAACAUGUGACGCGGCCGCCGCCGAAGCGGACGGUGCCGCACCAUCGCCGCCGCAACAACCGCCGGCCCGGACGUGCAGCACAGCACCGCAGCCGCAGCCGCAGCCGUCGUCGCCCCGGCUGGCCGCUAUGAUCGGCGGGUUCUUCAACAAGCCCGUCGGCCGGCAGUACGUGGCCGCCUUCGUCGCGUCGCUGUCGGUAAUGAUGGCCGGCACGUCGUUGGGUUGGCCGUCACCUGUGCUGGCCAAGCUGUCCAACGGUGGGCUGACGAUGGCCGCCACCAACGAACAACAGUCGUGGAUGAUUGCCAUGCUGGAGCUGGGCAACCUGUUGUCGCCGAUACCGUUCGGGGUGCUCGUGGACGUGGUGGGCCGGAAACCGUGUCUGCUACUCACAGGGCCCCUGUACAUCGUCAGCUGGCUGAUGGUGCUGUGCAGCGACACGAUCGGCGUGCUGUACUGGGUGCGGCUGCUGCAGGGCGCGUGCAUUGGCAUCAUCACUACGGUGGCGCCAAUCUACAUUGGCGAGAUAGCUGGCGACGGUAUCCGCGGCGCGCUCAGUACGUUCUUCAACGGCAUGCUCAACGCCGGCAUACUGUACGUGUACUGCGUCGGGCCGCUUGUGUCGUACGAUGCGCUCACAUACUACUCGCUGUUGGUGCCUUGCGCGUUCCUGGGCACGUGCCUGUGGAUACCCGAGUCGCCGUACUACUACGUGCUUCGGGACGACGACAAGAAGGCGCACGAGUCAGUGGCGUGGCUGCACGGUGACGCGGAACCGGACGUGGUGGUCCGCGAGCUGAUGCGCAUCAAGGCCGAGGCCAGGGACGAUCUCCGAGAAAAGGGGUCGAUGCGCGACCUGUUCGGGUCCCGGUGCAGCCGGAAGGCGUUCCUGAUCGUCCAGAUCGUGGCCGCGGCCGACGUACUGUCUGGCAUGACCACCGUGUUGGCGUACGCGUCUUCCACAUUUGCCCACGCCGAUACGGACAAGACGCUGUCCCCGGAUCAGUUCACCAUGUUGCUAGGCGUGCUGAUAUUCUGCACCACGUUCGUCACCGGUUACCUGGUGGACAAGUUGGGCCGCCGUCCACUGCUGCUGUUCUCGUGCUUCGGGUGCGGUGCGUUCGAGCUGGUCACCGGACUGUACUACUACAAGCGGUGGGUCGGGUUCGAGUCGCUGGGCGCCUGGAUACCGUUCACGGCCAUUGGAUCGUUCGCCGUCAUCUACAGCAUAGGGCUCGGGCCGCUGUUGCCCACGCUCCAGGGCGAGAUGUUCCCGUCCAACGUCCGCGGACUGGCCAGCGCUAUCACGUCCGUCACGCUCACCGUCAUAUCGUUCGUUGGCCUCAAGAUGUACCAGGUGAUCACCGACCAGUGGGGCAUACACGUCAACUACUUCAUAUACGGCACCGGGUGCCUGGUGUCAUUCCUGCUGAUCUAUCGGUUCCUGCCCGAGACGAAGGGCAAGACGUUUGCUCAGAUCCAGAAUGAGAUCAUGAAAACCAUCGACGACCGGCCGUCCCGCGGCAAAAAUCGCCGAAAUCCCGUCCACGCCAACACGACGGGCGUCUAGACCUGUGUACGCGUCAUUGCAGGUGUUUGCUGCGGGCAGCCAUGCCGACAAAAUAAUAACAAAACGAUAGUAUUAUAAUGUUUUUUUCGUUUUCUUGUUUUUUAUUCAUUUCAUUAUCUUAACAUUUUUAUUUCUGUAUAGUAUUAAACUAUUUAUACGUUUAUAUAUUAUUAUUUAUAUGGUUAUAGGUACGACGUAGGUGUAGUAUAAAAUACAUAUAUUUUAUACAUAUAUAGCGUUGUCCUCCGCGACGGAAAAAAGCCAUCCCGCAUUAUUAUGUAAUACUUGUAUAUAAUAUAUACGUACGCACAUCAAACGACCCCACACGAUCGGACAAAGGUACGACGACCCUGACGGGAGGGCAAGGGGGUGGUGAGAUUUUACGGCGCUGACGUGCGGUUGGUUUUCCUUUUUGACGUUACGAUCUCGAAUCUUCCACCAUAUCCACCACCGCGGUGAUCAAUAAGACACGUCGCAUUACAAUGAGACCGAAAAGGGGCAGAACGGCGCGUACCGCACUGCCAUACUUUUCGUUCGCGUUUGAUUGACAGUUAUCCUCUAUUAUAUACACGUGAUCAGACACGCGCACGCACGCACACACUAGCGAAACCGUAUACACACAUAAUAAUAGUAAUAUAUAAACGUAUAUUUGAGUCCCGAGGAGGGAUAAAGUUGCGGAAAUUGCGUUAAGCUUCGUUUUGCUCCGAAAACAACGUGCACCGGAGACCCUAAUCAAUCAUAAAUGGUUUUAGUGACAUGUUCGGUGGAGGAGACUGUGUUACGUCCGCCGCCGCCCGAAAACCGAUCGAAAACAAUUUCCAUACGUCAAAACCGCCCGAACAAUGUUAAUUUAUGUAUAUUUUUAUACACCGAAUGUUAAAAUAAUAUAUUACCAAACAUCGCUGUAC